UCAACGUUUGUGCCAAAGAUUCCCUUUUACAUUUUCCCCUGGAGAUGAUCGGAACCUGAUUUUCUUCCUUCGUCAACAGUUUAUCUGCAUCUGUGACGUUCGCCUCCGCCAGCAUGCGUCCUCUACCUGGUGAUGAUACCUUCACCGGGUCGUCUCGGACGCCCAACUUCACUGAUAACACCGGAACACCACUUGCACCACGAAGCCAACCACCACAGAUGACCUACUUUCUCACUGACGAGAAAUCCAUCGGAGACUCUCCGCCAGCUCCCGCUCCGCACCCCAAGCAUCGCGAGCUCAAGAACAGCACGUACGGUGUUGAGAGCCUCGAGUCCACGAUAGGCUCCUUAUCUCCCGAUAACGACGACCACGAGUCCCAUCCGCGGAACGCACGUCAUAACUGGAGGAAGAACCCGGGACAAAGUACAUUGAGGCAAACGGGAGAUGAUACUCCAGAUUCCCCAUGGAAUGAUAUCAGUGGCAGCGUCUCCCCGUUCCCUCCGCGCCGUUCCUCACAAACCUCGAUCUCCAGACCAUUUACACCCCUGUCUCUCGGCUCCCCAGCCCCGCCUUCACUCAUGAGUAGUCCUGAUUCACGACGAAAUUCGGACGCUGGUUCGUUCGAGGAGGAUGCGGCGAGCCAGGCUAUCGUUUCCAGUGGGGAUGAGGAACGAGAUUUGGGGGCAGGGUUGAUUGAUAGUGGGAGCGCGCCCCAGCUCGUUAUGCCGAGUCUCAAGAUGCCUAGUCGACGGCCAUUCACGGAGAGGGGAAAGAACAUAGGGAGACUCAAAGUCCUGAUCGCUGGUGAUUCUGGUGUGGGAAAGACUUCAUUGAUCAAGGCGAUCGUGCAGACCUGUGAGGAUAUCGUUCAUGUCGACCCUCUGACUUCCACGACGAUAUCGAUCCCGGAUAGGAGAAAGAGCUCGAAGUCGAAAUCCAGGAGUGGCAGUACAGACCUGCAGGCUACAUCUCAGAUCACGGAGAUAUAUGCGAGCACCAAGGCAUAUCCGGCCUGGUGGUCGGAUUUGGAAGAGAGUCGGAUAUUGCGGAGGAGGAAGAGCAUGGGUGAUUCAGUUUUGGAGAGGAAUCUGUGCUUUGUUGAUACCCCGGGAUAUGGGAACAAGACUUCUUGCCUUGAAACGAUCACGUCGGUCGUGGAAUAUAUCCAAUCUCAUCUACAGAAAGCGGUGUCGACGCAGGAUAUGAGCGACUCAGAAAUGAUAAGCAUGCUCGGUGGAAAUGGUGGAUCUCAGGUUGACCUGGUCUUCUAUGUAUUUGCCCAGAGGGUAAAACCAGUGGACAUCGAAUACCUCCGCCGCCUGUCACAGUUAACCAACGUCAUCCCGAUCAUAUCCCGCUCUGAUCUCCUAUCCCCUGAAGACCUCUCCUCCCUCAAGGAAAACAUCAAUAGCACCCUUCAAACCUCCUCCAUCCGACCAUUCGUCCUCAAUCCGAACUUUGAAGAAUCCCCUCAUCCGGUAGCUCCCUAUGCAAUAUCCACAAGCGCGUCCAAAGACCUCGACACCAUGGAUGCCUCCCUCCUUAUGUCUCCGGAUUACGUCCAACCCCUCCUACCAUCUGAACUCUCGUAUCUCGUCUCGCAAAUCUUCGAACGCGACACCGUGUCGUGGCUCCGGCAUUCAGCAGCCAAGAAGUUCGUGCAGUGGCGGAGUUCGUCGUCUACUCUAGAUAGAACCCCUCUCCACCGAUCACUCUCCCAGUCGUCAUCAUCUCAAAUCCUUACAGCGCCAGUGGGCGCAACCACGAGUUACGCACUAGCAAGGAUCACAGACCACACGCAGCGAGAAGAGCGCAUUGCUCAAGUCCGACUGGCCAACUGGGCUGCAGACCUCCAACGUAGUCUCGCCAACGAGCGCGCCAGAUUCGAAAAUCUAGCAAAGAGCGAGAGAGCGAUCUGGCUGACCGAACGACUCGGUGAGUGCGUCCAAGAUGGGACCAUCGUGCCUCUCUCCCGGGCUCGUCCGACCCAACAUCCAGCCUACAAAGACCUGGCAUCGACAUACUCCCUCAAGCGGAACAGCUCUGGUUAUGAAGCCAUGAACCCGCACGAUCCGCUCGGUCUCCUGCAGCUCAACGAAGACCUGAAGAGGAAGGGAUGGUUCGUGCUCCAGGUCGUCAGUAGUCUCGGCAUCAUCGGUGGUCUGGCUUUCUACAUCAGCCGUAGCUGGCAGACGACCGAGUCGGAGACGGUGGGGCUAUGGGAGUGGGUUACUAGUGUUUUGUAGUGUACGGAAGGGCAGGGAGAGGGGAGGACUGAAAAGUAGUGUUAGCGGAGGAUAUAAUUGGAUAUCGAGGAAAGCAGGAUCGCAUUUCACAUCAACACAGCCUAGGUAGAUAGCAUAGCAUAGGUACAUAGGGGUCCGGAUAUAGCGCUCAUCUCUCCCUCCCAUCCCUCUUUCCCCCUAUCUAUACCUUAUAUACCUUAUAUAUACAUACAUAAAAUAGCGAAACAAUCCAAUUCGUUCCAUUACAUCCC